AUGUCCACACCGACGAAGAGCCGUUUCACGGAGGACGAAGACAUCCUUCUUCUCCGUGAGAUCAAUGGACGCCUGCCCUUCAUGGCCAAACGUGGACAGGUCAUGGUGCGCUGGUCUGCUGUAGCAGAAGCCGUUCAAAGCCAAGACGGAUUCGACCGCCCGGGCUUCGAUGGCAAGAGAGCCCAAAACCGCUUCACUCUGCUCCUCGAAGGACACCGACACAAAGACGAAGAAGGAAAGCGCGCGUCUGGCACCGACGAGGGUUACGGUGAGAAGUUCCAGCUCCUGGACGACUUAUUGUCUGCGUUUGACGACUGGAAAAACGAAGAGAAGGUGCGGCUGGAGGAAGUGCAGCAGGAAGCAGACCGGGUGGAUGCCAUGGCCGCGACAAUCCGCGACGAGGCCAUGAAAUCGCUGGGAAAGCUGGCGUGGCAGUGA